AUGACCUCAAGCCUGGCUCUCAGAAAAGCUGCCCAUGAGCCCCAGGACUUCCCAGAGGUGGGAACAAACUGGCCUUGUUGGCUGUGAGCAGGGGCAGAAGGGGAAGGUGCUGCUGAGACCAUGAUGUCCCUGGGUGUCACUAAAGGAGGGCCCAUCCCGCCCACGGACGAGGAUCGCCGCAGGAUCAUCCGGCAGAUGAAGGUGCGCACCACCCUGCGGGGCGACAAGAGCUGGAUCCAGCACCACAACUCCGACUCAGACGAGGAGAAGAGCAGCCCCCGGUCUGGCCAGGCUGCUGGGACACCCCCAGCCCCCAAACCCAUUGCUCCCCAGCAGGACAGGUCCUCUGCCCCCAAGCCCCAGUCUGGAUACCUCAUCAGGGGGGUGUUCACCAGGACCAUCGACAAAAGCUCCUCCACGCCGGAUCCUUCAGCUGCCAGCCCAGCACAGAAAAACACUGCCCUGAAGGGACAGAGCCGCUCUCCCUCUGGAUACAGGAUGACCACAGAGGACUACAAGAAACUAGCUCCGUACAACGUCCGGCAGAAAUCCGUGGAUGGGGAGGAGGAGGAUGUGCCUUUCUCUCCGGAUGAGCAUAAAAAGAGGACCGAGGCUGCCAACAGCGUCCUGCGGCGCUCGGCCGGCCGCGAGCGCGCCUACGUCCUGUCCGCUGCCAAGAAGAGCAACGGCAGCCCAACCCAGGAAUUCCCACCCCUGUUUGCCAAGAGAAUUGAGAUAGAAGAGGAGGAAGGACAGCAGAGGAGGAGUCCGAGCAUGCCGGGUUCGUCCAGGGUUGCUCCGGAGAGCAGCAGCCCCAAACCAGGCAGCAGGAGCCAAGCAUCCCCAUCCCUGAGUGACACUGUGGGGACAAUCUCCACUUCUGCUGAAAUCAGGAAUGGUGAGGACAGGCAGGCCCUGAGUGGGAAAUUCUCCUUGGAAACGGCGUCCCAGGCUGGAGAUGGUGACACAGCUCUGAAGGAAAAGCCUGAGAGGUUCCCGUGGGAUGAAGGGGCCCCCAAAGGCACCAGGGCUGCCACGAAUGGAAGUUUUGCUGAGCACACAGAAGCCAAGAAUGGGUUUUACCCACCAGAGUCCAGCUCUGGUUCCUGGCACUCUCCUGGGGAUGCUCCGGAGCUGCUCCGUCCCUCUGAGCCCUCCCAGGGGGACACCAGGUCAUCCUUGCAGCCUGAUGUCUCUUUUCAUCCCACUGAGAGAACCCCUGUGCACAUUGAGAACACAGAAUAUUCCUUUAAAAGCUCUGUCCUGGGCUAUGAGGAGAGGAGCAGCUCCACGAAUCCUGAGGGUCCAUCCCACCACCAGCCCUACUGGGAUGAGACAAGGUUUCUGGACUCAGUCAGCCUCACUGAGAGGGGCCAAGGAGCUCCUGGCCAUGAGAGCCCCCCAGAGCCCCCCAGGCUGAAGGAUCCCACUGAGCCCAGCAGGACUGGGUCCAGCUCUGUUCCUGGAGGAAGCAGCACCCCAGCUGCAGAGAUUCCACAUGCAAACGAGUCUGAGCCCCGCAGGGACAGGUACAGAGCCAGGGCACCAGGACAUCCCUCACACACCUCCAGCUCUCCUUCCUGGCCUGAUGGAGGGACAGGACACAGGGAAUGGCUCCCAGUGCCAGCCAGCAGGUCAGAAUUCAGCCCUCAGGAGGGUGUUGGCAGUGCCCACGAGCCCCAGCCCCCCGUGCCCCUGUUCCAGGAGCGCCAGCCCUUUGGGGGCUCUGUGCCCAGCCACAGGAUCCCAGGCUAUGUGGACAGCCAGGUGUUCAGCACCAGGAGCAGGCCCAGCCCAGAUCCCAAAGGGAAUGUUUAUGGGAGCAGCAGCCCCAGGAGCAGCUGGUAUGACAGUGCCAGGGGGCUCGGGGACUUCAGCCCCCCUGCAGGACGCCAUGACUCCUUUCCCAGAGAUCCCACCAUGUCCAUGUCCCAGAGAAGCCACAGGGUGCCGUUCUACAUGGACAGCUUAAACUCUAACAGCUCCAGGCUCCUCUCCAGCUCCAGUGAGAGGCUCUGCAGCUCCCACCACAGCUCUGGGUACCAGCCUGACUCCAGCUCUGCCGGGAGAGGGAUCCUCUUCGUCAAGGAGUACGUGAACACCGGCGGCUUUGCGGCCUCGCCGCGCCACGGCAGUGGCAGCCUUGUGGAUCUGAGUGACCUGGAGAGAAGCAGCUACAGCCACCACAGUUACCUGUCCAGUGCUCCCCUGCACAGGUCCAGCGAGCCCCUGUGCAGCUACUGCAGCCGGGAGAUCCGAGACUGCCCCAAGAUCAUCAUCGAGCACCUGAACAUCCACUGCCACGAGUACUGCUUCAGGUGUGGAAUUUGCCACAAAGCGAUGGGAGAUCUCCUGGAUAAAAUAUUCAUCCACCGGGACAUUGUGCACUGUGACAAGUGCUACGAGAAGCUCUUCUAGGGCCCUGGGGCUGGGAAUGCAGCCCGAGCCCGGCGGCACGCCCGGGAACAGCGCAGCUCUGACCGGCUGAGAUUGCACAGCUCCCGCUUC